AUGAUUCGCACUCGUUUAGCAUCAUUUUCUGGAUUUAUCUUGAUAGCCAUACCAACGGCGGUCAGAGGGGUACGACUUGAUGUGCCCAGAGUCGAAGAUUUCAUCAGGAGAUGGAACGUUGCCGCCACAGUGAUUGGUGAUUACGUCUACAUUGACGGUGGUGAAAUAACUUAG